AUGCUCAAUCGUAUGGUCGGUAUUUCGGGAUCUGGUACUCUUCCAAAACAAGGGGAGAAGCUAAGAAGCCAAAUGAUGAAGAACCUAAGAAAACAGUUGGUGAAUCUGAAGCUUAAGCUCAGGAAUGAGAGGCUCGUGAAGCACAUGUCAAAAGCCCUCUUCCCUCUCUGGUCCAUCGAGCGGAUUCUGAAUGAGGCAGUUAAUAAUCUGAACGUUUAUUGGUUGGAACCAGAUGCUUUAUUUAAAUUGGAAAAUAGUUUGGAGUCUCAUCUUGACUUUUCGACCACUCUGAAGGCAUUCAUGUUUCGUUGCUAUGAAAAGAUUGAGAAAGAUCCUAAUUCGGAUAACGAUGUUAAUCACUCACUAUUCUCAUUCUAUCUUAAAUAUGGAAAGCCACAGUAUCAAACUUGGAGUUCGAAGAAGAUUGUAGUUGUGAAGGUCUUUGGACCUGUUAAGACCGAAAGCUUUAUAAAUGUGAUAUUUAAAGUUGUUCAAGGAGCUGGGAGUUCUGUUUUUGAAUUCUCACUUGCUAAUCUACCAUGCCUUAAUCCGUAUGAUAGGAUUUCCUUGUUCAAUCGUUUGUCAAAAGAUGAAUAG